CCAUCCAUGACGAGAUCCAGAACCACAAGACCCCAGUCCUGCAGGCUCUCCAGGAGACCCAGUCCCUGAUCCGUCAACACACCCAAAGUCUUAGACCAGAGGAUCAGACCAAACUCAGUGAGAAGCAGACAGACCUCAGGAACCGAUACGAUGCCGUCACGACCGAGUCUCUCAACAGGACCAAUAAGCUUCGAUUCUCCAACGAGGACCUUCCUCUUCUGGAGACCGAGGUUGCUGACUUUGAGAAGUGGUUGGACGGUGCCGAGCGCACCCUGGACAACACCCUGAGACAGUCUCAGAUGGAGCCUGAGGCGAUCCGCAAGCAGUAUAACACCAUGCGCGGCUUCUCUGAGGAUGUCAUCGCUCAUGCUGCGGAUAUCAAGUUUGUGGUCAAGGGUGGCCAGAAGUUCCUGGAGUCGGCGAAGGUCUACGCUCAAGACCUCGCCGUCUUCCGUGACGCUGCCCUCCCGCGCCAGUUCAACCGCAACUUCACUGAAAACCCAGAGAGUAACAUCAUCCGCGACAAGCUGGCCAAGAUCUCGACCCGCUAUGACCGUCUCAAGGGCAAGGCCGUGGAGACCACCAGCGCCCUCAGGGAUGUGGUGGAGAAGCAACAGAAGUUCCAGGACGUUGCAGACAGUCUAGGAAUCUGGCUCCAGGAUGCGGAGGGAUCGUUGAAGGCUCUCCAGAAGGAGGCCAUUGGAGCGGAUCCUGCAACCGUGCAGAAGCAAAUCGACAGGCUCAAGGUUCUCCGUGAUGAGACUGCCUUUCAUCUUAAGGACAUCGAGAGGACCAAGGAGGCAGGAAGGAACCUGGCUGAUUCCAAACCUGAACUCCAACCCGAGAUCACCAAGACAAUUGACACACUGACACGCCGCUACAACGACCUCGACGGCCAGAUCAACCAGCGAAACCAGCAGCUGCAGAACGCCCUCACUCAGUCACAGGGCGUGCAGGACAGCCUGGACACACUGCUCCGAUGGUUGGAUGAGAUCGAGAGAGGCGUACACCGAAUGGAGAAGGGUACCAUCCUAGUCGUCAAGCGUGAUCCGUUGGUUGAGAACAUCCAGGAACAAAAGGUUCUUGAAGAUGAUAUCACAGCUCACAAACCUGCCGUCGAGAACGUCAAAAGCUUGGCCAAGACCCUGAUACAGAACAGUGAACCAAAAGUUGCCAAGGUUCUGCAAACCAAACUCAACAAUGUCAACACAAGAUAUGACAAGGUAACCGUGGCAACCACCAACCAUGGUAAGACCCUUGGUGACAUGCUGGAGAAGCUGAACGAGUUUGAGAAGGAGGUUGACCAUGUGGAAGACUUCCUCCUACCAGCCAUUGACCGCUUGGAACACCGUGACUUUGGUCGUCAGGAGAUCCCUGAAGCUGAGAAGCAACUCAAGGACUACAAGGCACAGCUGAACGACCAACGACCAUCCCACAAGCGGGUCAACCACCUUGGCGAGGCCCUGGUGCGUGACCCCAAGGCUGGAAACACUUCCUAUGUCACCGAUGUCAUCUCCAACCAUGAGAAUAAUUGGAAGACAAUGGAGGAGGUCCUGGCUAAGAGGUCCAGGCAGAUUGAUCAGGAGCAGAAGGCCGCCAAGAAGUACAACCAGAGCAACAAGGAUGUUAACCACUGGCUUGAUAACAUGGAGCGGAAGAUGACCCAACUCCAGCCGGUGUCCACCGACCCCAUGACACUACAGACUCAGGUCGAACAGCUCAAGCCUUUCAAGACGGACGUCAUGGCCUACAAGCCCAAGAUCAUCGACGUCAACAAGUUCGGCCAGACCCUUGACCGCCUGAUCAAGGAGGGUGACUCGACGGUCAGUCUACGGCCACGCUACCGGUCUCUUCAGCUCGGCUCCAGGAAGGGAGAUGAGAUGUCCCUGCAGAGACGUCCAGUAGAUACCUCGGACAUCAGCGACUAUCAAGAAGAUGACAGCAAGAUCGUCCGUGAGCUUGCGGAGAUCAACCACCGUUACGAGGCCCUGCGUGCCACCCUGACCGACCGCGAAGAGGACCUGGACUUGAACUCUAAGCUUGCCGAGAAGACCAAUAAUGUUGGUGGUCUGAUGGAAUGGGUCACUGCUACGGAUGCCAAGGUGGUCAAUGCAGCUCCUCGUGGAGCCGACAUGGGCCAGUUGAGCGAUGAGCUGGAGAACUACAAGCAUGUCCAUGGUGACAUCGACAACAACAAGGCGGCCAUCUUGGAUGCCAUACAUUCCACUGAUCAGUUCUUGAAGGACAAACGUGCCAAGCUCUCACCGGAGAGGGUGGGCGAGCUCCAGACGAGACUUGCUGACCUCCGUAAGCAGUAUGACCUUCUCAGCCGCAAGUCUGAUGAUGUCUUUAAGAACACGGAGAGCACCCUUGCUCGCCUUCGCACAGAGGAGGAAGAGAAGAUGAAGUUGAAGGAGCAGUAUGCUGAGAUCAAGGAUCAGCUCAGAAGCCUGAGCGACUGGCUCACCCAAGCGGAACACCAACUAGGCGCUGAACAACCCAUCCAGGAACUCAUAAGACCUCUGACUGACCAAAAGAACAACCAUAAGGUGCUCCAUGAAGACAUCCUUGUGCACCAAGGUCCAGUCCUGGAGACCGUCCAGGAAGGCAACCAACUCCUGAAGCAGAAGGGUGACCGACUCACUGAUGAUGAGCGUGCUGCUCUCAAAACCCCUAUGGAAGACCUCAAGGUCCGCUACGAGAACGCCAACGUCCAGUCCACCAUGCGGACUGACAAGCUCCGAGGGGCUUUGGACGACCUCAACCGUCUUGAGCCGGAGAUGCGGGAGAUGGAGGAGUGGCUGAGGAAUACUGAACAGGCCUUGGAGAAGUCCAACCGCAAGAUUGAGGUUGAUGAGGAAGCCCUCCAGAGGCAGUAUGAGGAACAGAAGGCUCUUGCUGAUGAUGUCGUCACCCAUCGUGCUGAUGUGAAGUUCAUCAACAUGACUGGACAAGCCUUUGUUGACAAUGCUAAGCUAUACAAGGAAGAGCUGAGCGACUACCGCUCCACUGCUCUCCCACGGCAGUUCGGUCAAACCUUCAGUGAGGCACCCGAGUCCAACACCAUCCGGGACAAACUCGGCAACAUCAAUACCCGCUAUGAGAGGCUCAAGACCCGCUGCCUCGAGCAUCGGGAUCAUCUUGGAGACAUCUGCGAGAAGCAGGCUCGAUAUGCCCAGGUGGUUAACCCAACGUUGCCAUGGUUGGAUGAGAUGUAUGCUGCACUGAAGGACAUGGAGAAGGAGCCCAUCGCAACUGAACCUGAAGUCGUCCAGAGGCAGAUCGAUGAUCUCAAGGCCGUUGGUGAUGAGGUUCUCAUGCACAUCAAGGACGUAGAGAAUGCCAAGGAAGCUGGUCGUGACCUCUCCGACUCCCACGAGGACAUCAAACCUGAGAUCCAGAGACAGACCCGAGACAUGAGUGACCGCUACAGCCAGCUGGAAGCCAUGCUGACCGAUCGCAGUAACCUGCUCCACACUGCCCUGACCGAGUCCCAGACUGUCCAGGGUGGACUGGACUCCCUUCUCAGGUGGCUCGAUGACACGGAGGCAACACUGAAUAGACUGGAAGAAAGGACACCAAUCUCUCUAAGGAAGGAACACUUGGCUGACAUCAUGCAGCAAUACAAGAAACUUCUUGCCGAUGUUGAGAACCGUAAACCAAGCGUUGACGGCAUCAACAAGUCAGGGGCCAAGCUCCUGGCCACCACGACCGAUGCAGCCGAAGCCCGUGCCCUCCAGUCCAAGUUGGACACCUUGAACACCCGCUUUGAGCGGCUCUCCGGCCCUGCCCGCUCCAGCUGUGACUUCCUGCAGAAGCUAUCUGACAGGCUGGGACGUCUCCAGGAUGAGGUGGACAAGCUGGAGGAUUGGUUGAUACCUGCCCUGGACCUGCUGAAGGCACCAGACCUUAGCCAGAAGGAUCUGACUGAACUGGCUACCAUCUUACAGAAUGCUCGUACACAGGCAGACAGGAACAAGUCCCAGUACACCGACAUCCACAAGAUGGCCGAUGAACUGCUCCAUGAGAGAAGAGUCAGCGACCCAGCUGCUCUCAAUCUCAUCCUGCAGAACCUUGAUGACAACUGGCUUGAUCUUCAAGAGCUCCUAGAAUACAGAUCAAGGCAGCUCGAGGAGAGACGAGCCGCCCAGCAAGCGUACAACAAUAGUCUCAAGGAUGUCAGCUCCUGGCUGAUAUCCGUUGAGAGACGCUUCAAUGGCUUCAGGGCCGUUGCUAAGGAGUUGGAUGACAUCAAGGAACAGUAUGAUGAAUUGAAGCCCCUGAGGAAAGAGGUCAACGAGUACCGCCCGAACGUGGACGAACUCAACGAGCAAGGUACCCGCCUGGAUGCCAUGCUCCACGAUGGGCAGGGCGUACCAAUGAGGGCGCACCGUAGGUCAGCCCAGAUCAUGACCUCCACGCCGAAAGCAGCCAGUGUGGCCUCGAGGCUCAGACGACCCUUCGAGGAUGCCAACAUCAGUGGCCUCAUGGAAGAAGAGUCCGAGAUCCAGCGACAGCUUGCCGACAUCAACCGCCGCUACAACGCCCUGGACAUCAAGAUCGACGAGCGCGACGAUGAACUGGACACUGCCCUGGCAUUGACCGAACGCAGCAAGCCCGUGGAUGAGCUCCUGGACUGGGUUCAGGUGACGGAGGUGGAACUGGCGCAGAGCAUGCCGCCGCUGGACUUUGCCGGCGAGGAUGACCUGGACAAUCUCAUGCAGGAGUUUGAUAAGAUCCAGGCUGUUGAAGAGACCAUCCAGCAGUCUCAAGCCCCGGUUGCCCAUGCUGCCAUGGGCGCCGAUCAGCUCAUCAAGGACAAGGGUAAGAAGCUUCGACCGGAACAGAACCAGAACCUUCAGACCAAGAACGUGGACCUGAAGAAUCGCUAUGACGACCUGGCGUCCGGUGUGAAGCAGAAGAAGAUGGACCUGGAGCAGACCAUCAACAGGGUCAAGGCUGAUAAGGAGAAGAAGUCUCUCUUGAGUCGUCGUCUGGAUGAAACUUUUACAGAGGUCAAUGACCUCAAGACCUGGUUGUCGGAGACUGAGCAGAAGCUUGGUGUUCAGCAACCAAUCAGUGAACAGAUCAAACCGCUUGAGACCCAACUCCAGAGACAUCUUCCUCUGCGUGAUGAUGUCGUUCGACAUGAACCCGAAGUCAGCCAGGCAGUCAACAAUGUCACCCUCCUCCUGCGUGAGUUCGACGGCAAACUUGCACCAGAGGAUGCCAAGGCCCUGGAGAAGGACCGGGACGACCUCAAGAAACGCUUCGAUGCAGCCAACAUGCAGUCCCUCAGCCGGCGAGAGAAGCUCACCGCCGCCCUCGACGACCUGGAGAGGUACGGGGAGGAGUUCAAGGAGUUUGACGAUUGGCUCCAGGAUGCGGAGAAGAAGCAUGAGAAGCUGAUGCGCCCUGAUGCAAGGCGCAACGACCUGAAGGCCCUGAACCAGCAGAUCGAGGAAGAGAAGGAACUUAUGGAGGACAUCAGUGAUCACAAGGGAGACCUGAAGUUCAUCAAGCGGGCUGGUCACAAGUACAUUGACAACGAGAAGGCAUACAAGCAGAUGCUUUCCGAAUACCGGAUGUCCGCCCUUCCAUCCCAGUUCAACCGCACGUUUGCAGAGACUCCCGACUCCAACGUCAUCCGCGACGAGUUGGCCGACGCUUACGACCGAUACACCAGACUGCGCAACCAGGCCAAGGAACACUACAAGUUCCUCAAGGACCUUGUUGGCAAGCAACAGAAGUGGGAGACUUCUUGUGAUGCUGUCCUACCAUGGAUCAAUGAGGCCCAUGCUACGCUCUCGGAUGUGAUGAGGGAACCAAUCGCCACGGAGCCAGAGAACAUCCACGCUCAGAUGGAGAAACUGAAGGACCUCCAUGACCAGAUCGUCCUGCACACCAAGGAUGUAGAGAAACUCAAGGGACAUGGAAAGGAUUUGGCGGCUUCCCAAGAUGCGAUCAAGGAUGAUGUCAUGCACACUGUCCGUGAUGUGUCGGAGAAAUACAGCGAGAUGGAGGGCAAGCUUGCCCAACGUAGCAACCAACUGCAGAGCAUGCUCUCCCAGUCGCACAGCGUACAGGACAGCAUCGACAACCUCCUCCGCUGGCUGGAGCAGGCGGAGAAGAACACCAGCAGGGUCGUCAAUGCCCCCAUCAUCAUCCGCAAGGAGGCUCUUCUAGAACUCCUGCAGGAUCACAAGAGUUGCCGCACUUGGGAAACAAUGCAAAACACAUCGUUUUAUUGGUAUGUGCAAUCUGACAUCGAUGCCCACAAGCAGAUGAUCGACGCCCUCAACGACCGGGCAGAGACCCUGAUCGCCAGCAGCGACGCCCAGCUGGCCUCCCGAGUCCAGUCCACGCUGGACGACAUCAACGGCCGCUACGGCAAGAUCUCGUCCAGCAUCCGCAACCACGGCGACUACCUGCAGAAGAUGCUGGUGAAGAUGAACCAGCUGCAGAGCGACGUGGAUGCCUUUGAGGAUUGGCUCCUGCCCAUGAUUGAUAGGAUGGAGUCCAAGGAGCUGCUCCGCAUGGAUCUCCUGGAGAUGGGAUCCAGGUUGAUGGAUUACCAGCGGGACAUAGAUGAGCAUCGCUACACCUACCAGGACAUCAAGCGUCUUGGGCAGGAGAUCACAAGGGAUCCAAAGACAUCGGAUACCUCACGCAUCGCUGAUACAGUAACCAACCUCACCAAGAACUGGGACAUCCUGGAGGCUCUUCUAAAGAGAAGGAACAACCAGCUGCAGCAGCGACAGGAGACGCAGGACAAGUUCAGCAGCCUGCUCAAGUCAGUCCAGGAAUGGCUCGAUCAGAUGGAGGACGACACCGAUCGCCUUCCUCUCGUGGCUCUGGUGCCUCACGUCAUCCAGCAACAGAUUGAACAGCACAAGCCUCUACAGAGCAAGUACGAUGGAUUCAACUUCAAGAUCGAUGAGGUCAACCACGUUGGGAUGACCUUCGAGACUUUAACCUCUGAUCCCGACCUUCCAUCCAAGGGUUCGCCACUCAAACGUUCAAAGGUCUUCCUACAGUCCAGAGCAGGAUCCGACACCAGGAGCCUGGACACCAGGAGCACUGGAUCCCGCAGGAGCUCCUUUGGUUCGGAGCUAGACCAGAGCUCCUUCCUUAUGGAUGAUGGUGUCACUGAAAUUCAGCGUGACCUUGCCGACGUCAAUGACCGCUACCAGACCCUCGGCGACAAACUCGCUGACCGCAGGUAUGAGCUGGACGACGCCCUCGAGAAGGGUAACCUGUUCAACAGCGAGCUGGCCGGUCUGAAUGGCUGGAUGGACGGUGUGGAGGGUCAGUUGAAGCAGGAGGUGCCACCCGGACUGACCGCUGGCGAUGCUGCUAGGAGACUACAAGAACACAAGGUUCUGGUUGCUGAUAUCGAGGACCACACCCCACACCUGAUCUCUCUGAAGGGUCUCGGCGAGGACCUGACCGCCAACCGUCACCAUCAACCAGGAGCUGAUGUGAUUGAUGAACAAGUGGAAUCAGCAAGUAAGUCAUAUCUUUCAAUUUUCUAUCAUAAUUUGGUUGUAUACUGUAUGUAGCUUUGGAAAAUGCAAAGAAAUUUAUUAAGUUAGCAACAUUUAAUGAUACAUGGAGAUUUUUAGAAGAAUACGAACAAAUUACAAGUUCUGUCAAAGAAAAAGAGAGAAAGAAAUGUCGCUGGCUUUUUUAGAAAUCAAAUCUUUUUGAUAUAAUUUGUAAUUGCGAAAGGUAAAAUAGGCAAGAAAGAGAUUAGUCGUUUUGUGCAAUAAUUUGAUCAAUUGAGAAGAAAGAAAUACUCUAACAAAAUUCCCAUUUGCUCCCCUUUGCCAUGAAAUUAAUCCUGAUCCUGAAAAUUAUGAAGAAAAUUUAAUUCAAGGAACAUGUAUUAUAAUCCUGCUAGCUCCUUGACACCAUAUUCUUGGAAUUUGAUGAAAAAACUUUGCACAUUCGCAAGAGAGUUGCCAAAUUCGUACUAUGCUGUGAUAUGGAAAAAUUACAUGUAUGAACUAUAAUGGUGCUAGUGUCUUAAUGCCAUAUCACCAUAUCAUAUGCAUGCAAAAACUGAAUAGUUUGGUCAAAUUUUGAACUACAUUGUCAAAGAAAACUUGAAAUGCGAAUCCAUUAAUCAAAUAAUUCUAGAAAGAACAUGAUUGAAAUCUGCUAUUGAUAUUAAAAGUUGUAUGGUUGUUGUUUUUUGGUUAUGAUUAAUAGUUGACCUUAAACUAAUUGAUAUUGAGUAGUUGUAAUUAAAGUUUCAUUCAGAUAUGACACAGCAAAGCUCACCCUCAUUUGAUCAAUACGCAAUAGUGCAUGUUCUCUUUGCAUGAUCUGACCAAUGCGGUCAUGCCUUUUAUACCACAUGCA